CUUUUGGUAAAAAAUUAGGAGCCAAUGUGGCCCGGCCUAGCUUCCAAGAAAAUUGAUUAAACAAAUUCUUGGGGAAAAUAAUUCAACCCCCUAGAUCAAAAAUCAAGAACUAAAGCCCUUACUUCUCUCUCCUCCUCCUUCCUCUUUUCUUCUUGCUAUCCCUCCCUUCCAUGUCUGUUUUGUCCUGAUCUCUGUUUCUGCUAAUAAUUAACAAUGUAUCCCCAUAUAAACUCGAAUGGGUAUGACCAAUUCGCUUCUAAAUCAUUAGAAAAAUCUUCUCAACCAUAUUUUUACCCUCAUUUAUUACCUUAUGGGUAUGGUAUGCCCCCAACACAACAACUUCAUCCACCAUAUAGAUCUUCUGGGUCUUCUGUAUAUGUUCAAAGAGCCCCUAUUGGAAUAACCAAACCUAUGCAAAAGACAACUUGGUCAACCAACAUUUUUGCAUGUUGUAGAGACCCCAAAAAUUGUCUUAAAACAUGUUUUUGUCCAUGUAUAACAUCCGGGCAAAUUGCAGAAAUUGUCAGUGAAGGACGAACGUCAUGCAUGGAAGGAGUGAUAAUAAACUUCUUGCUCUGUUGUUUCUGUUUGGCUGCACCUCUUUACACUUUUUACAACAGGGUUAAAUUGAGAAGAAAGUUCAAGUUGGAAGGGAAUGGCGUUCUUGAUUGCCUAACUCAUACACUUUGCUGUUAUUGUGCAUUGUGUCAAGAAUAUCGUGAGCUUCAUCGUCAAGGAUUUGACCCUAGUCUUGGAUGGGCAGAAAAUAUUGAGAGACAAAGCCAUGCUGUUGCUGUUUUCACUGUCACGCCACCUCCAGUUCAAGAAGCAAUGAAAAGAUAGAUAAGAUCUCAAAUAUUUUUCGACCAGUUAGUUGUCAAGAUAAAAUCAGAUACACAUCGGUUGCUUUGACUAAUCCAUGGUGCAGGACUGGUCCUUGUGGUCAAAGAUGGCCUGUCCCAAGCUAGUUUUAAUUUUUUCCCCCUCAAUAUAGAUGGAUUCUCAAAUAGCUUGUGAUCACCAGAACUAUCCACUUGAUUACCUUCUUGAAUUAGGAAAAACAAUUUUGGAUUUUUCAUAUAUUGCCCACUCCAAGUAGAUAGAGAUCAAUUUCAAACUAGCAUUGGCAUAAAUUCAAGGAAGAGAUCUAUAA